AUGAAGAGGAUUUUCGCGUUCGGGAGGAAGAGGAAGGGGCAGCCGCCCCUCGCCAGCGCCUCAGCGCCUCGUCCCGCCGGUGCGUGCGAUCUCCGGCAGAAGGCUCUGGACAAGCUGCACCGCGCGGCCGCCUGCGACGACCUGGCCCAGGUGCGGCAGGGGCUGAAGAAGCGCGGCGUCGACGGGCGGGACAAGGCUUUUAGGACACCUCUGCAUCUUGCUUGUGCAAACGGCCUUGCGGAUGUUGUCACAUACCUCAUAGAAAACAAGUGUGAGUUAAAUCUUGUUGACAAUGGUAACAGAUGGCCACUGAUGAAGGCGGUACAGUGCCAGCAAGAAAAGUGUGUGGCUAUUCUGCUAGAGCAUGGUGCUGACCCAGAUCUGGCAGAUGCAGAUGGGAAUAGUGCCGUUCAUCUUCCUGUUAUAUCUCCUAAUACAUCUGCAGCAGGGCUAUUACUUGAGCAUAAUACUGGUAUCGAUGCCCAGAAUAAGGAGGGAUGUGCCCCGCUUAUUCUUGCCGUCUCAGAACAUCAGGGAGAGAUAGUGGAAUUUCUUCUUAACAAAGGAGCUGAUGUACACGCUUGA